CUAUUCACACACGUUUAGUGGUUUUUUAAAUCCGGCGGCUUAACGAGUGAGUAAACUGGACCGUUGAUCGAAGCUACGUGCUCAACUUUUACGUCCACCUUGACUUUAAAUUUACUAUAUGCUUGUUCUUCCUAAGAGUAAUUUAAUUGUGACCUGCAAGAACCCGCAAAGAGAAAUUUUGGGCAGAUAUUUUAGCAGAUUGUAAAAGAGUGCUUUUUAGCAGACAAAUUGGCGGAUUGUGGUGGAUAUUUUGGUGUGAAUUUUGGGAGGAGCUUCUUGUUAUAUAUUGAUCUUGAUGUUUUUGUGGAGAAGGAGAAAUGGUUGCAGGAAGAGAUUUGUCUACUGUUGUAGACGUUGCGUUCAAGUCCCUGGGUUUCAAGGAGGAGAUUGGAUGCCAGCUGGAUGAAGUUGAGCCUCUUGCUCUUGUUCCAGAUUGUUUUUCUGAUGAAUCCAUGCCAGAAGCAACUCACAUGCAGCUGAAUAUAAAGUCUGGCAGUUCGAUGGAAAAUUCUUCGUUAGAGAAUGGGAAGGCACAAUUUGUGCCAACAAUACGUUCAGGCAGUUGGACGGAUAUUGGUCACAGGAAAUGUAUGGAGGAUGAACACAUAUGUGUUGAUGAUUUAUCAAAGCAUCUUGGCCUGUUGUUCGAGGGACCACAACCAUAUGCCUUUUAUGGGGUAUUUGAUGGACAUUGCGGUGCAGGUGCAGCAAUAUUUGUUCGAAACAAUCUUCUCAGACUUGUACUUGAAGAUGUGGAUUUUCUCCAGAUGGUGAGAAAAGAUGGCGAUUUUUUUAUUGCAGCUGAGAAGGCAGUAAAGAAUGCAUUUCUGUUGGCAGACCUCUCUUUGGCAGAUGACAGUGAUGUUGAUAGUUCUUGUGGCACAACAGUCUUGAUAGCGCUAAUCUUGGGCAGGUCUCUCCUAGUGGCUAAUGCUGGGGACUGCCGGGCAGUUUUGUGUAGAAGGGGAAGAGCAGUGGCACUGUCUAGGGACCAUAAACCUGAUUUAUUUUCAGAGAGAUUGCGAAUUGAAGCUCUCGGAGGCUUUGUGGAUGAUGGAUAUCUUAAUGGUGAACUAUCUGUUGCCAGGGCAUUAGGUGAUUGGGACAUGAAAAUGCCCAAAGGUUCCCCUUCUCCUCUCAGUUCGGAGCCUGAAUUUCAACAGGUUGAUCUCACAGAGGAAGAUGAAUUUUUGAUUAUUGGGUGUGAUGGCAUUUGGGAUGUGAUUUCAAGUGAAUGGGCAGUCAAUAUGGUGCGAGAAGAGCUUAUGCAGUACAAUGACCCUGAACGUUGUUCUAGGAAGCUUGUUCAAGAGGCUCUGCGGCAAAAUACCCAGGACAAUCUCACAGUUGUGGUAGUUUCUUUCUCAGCUGAGCCUCCACCUGUGAUCGAGCGUCCUCCACUGAGAUAUCAUUAUAUUGCUGCAGAAGGCUUCCGGAGUCUGAGGGGCUUCUUGGAAGCGGUUUGAAAAUGACAGCUUUGGACAGUUAACUGCUUGGAGUGUUAUGUGUCUAUACUCGAGCAUAAGAUGGUGCAGUUCAUGUCAGGGUGGCCUGAAUUUAUUAAGUAAAAUGUUUUGUAAGAUUCAAUAGAUAUGCAGUUCCCAUGUUCAGUGCUAGAAUGUUGGUUCUAAUGUGAAUGCCUAAACGGACAUCUGUUUGGUGAGAGCACAAUUUAGUGCUUCUCUAUAUUGACCAAAACUGCUGGGUCAUAUUGGAAGAUGGCCAAUGGCACGCACUUCCAUGAUUGUGUAAUUAUAUGCAAACAGAGGACCAUCUUACUCGGUGUCUGUAAAAGUGGGGGAUUUUUUAUGUGCAUUAUUAUAGGGUGAUUCUUGAGCAUACAAGGCCAGCCGUUCAUUGCUUGAAAAUAUUUCUUGCAGAGAGCGUAGCCUUGCUGAUUUAAGGGAAUUCAUAGGGGAUUAUUUUUGUUAACCAUUGGGGGUUGUUCGAUGAGAUCCUCAUUUUUAGCAAGAGGAUAACAAAGAUAAGUGCCGCUGUUUACAUUUAGAGUUUUGUAUCCAAAACUUCUAUUAGCAAUCAAUCAAUUGCAAUUAAUUAAACCAAUAUUUUUGGAUUUUUGGA